CUGUGGCGGUAGGCCCACAUUUGUAUUCCAUGUAGCUUCGUAGAGAGGCGGGAUGACGAUUAGCCAGUUUUGCAUUCCAUGAAGGUUCGUUAAGAGGCAGGAAAUUGACGAAGCUGUCGUCUGCCACUAGUAGUAACCAUGAUACAGCCGAUGUCGUACGGUUAUCCGUACGGAGUGAAGCUUGACCCCAAAACACUGGAAGAAAUGCAAGAAAAAAGAGACAAGGCUCUGCAUUCACGCCGCAAUGCUUCAGUAAGCGUUCUAUGGAAGCAAACUCUGGUGUGCGCUGGUCUGGCGCUGUUUGGGGUGGGUGUGGGGAUAGGUAACAUUGUGGUGGGGACGGAUACUGACGACGUACACCACACACGCUGGCACAUCGCCGGGGGCUCACUCUACCCAGGGAUCUUGUUGGCGGUCUGUGCUAUUCUCGGAUUCUUUCUACGCAAAAUUGGGAGGGAAAAAGAGGAGGAACGGGACAUUGGAUCAAAGGCCAGAUGUCUGUUCUUCAUCCAAUACAUAAUGUACAUCUUUGCGGGCUUCGCUGCUUUAACGUUCUUCGCCCUCUCCGUGGUCGGCAUUCUUUGGUGUACUAAAGCAGUAGACACGUACUAUGUGAAGGAUAAAAAAACCCAUGUAUCCACGGCGUACAAUACCACGUGUCCUAACGACGAGACAGCGGCCAUAGUAACGGCAAGUCUGGCCGUGGUGGACUGUGUGGCCAUCACUGUGUGUGGAUUUGUGGGGAUGAUUUUAUUCCAUCUCUACUCCAAAUCUUACGGUCUCAAAGAAAAGAGAGAACGUUGAUUACUUGCAUUUUUUUGGAUCUGAACUUGAUAACACAAUUAAUCGUACUAAAGUGAAAGAAAUGCUGUUGAAAUCGAUAAAAGGGGAAAUAUCCAAGAUAUCUUCAUUGAAAAAUUAUAAUUUUUCACUCAUAAUAGUUCACAGGAAUGAAAACAAAUUUCUUACGGAGAUUUAUAACGGGAAAUGUUUACAUCUUUUCUCCAUUCUGAAAUACUCAGGACCCAACUUGAUAAAAUUCGGCCAUGUUAUUUUUUUUUUAAUCAACACGAUUGUUUAAUCUAGGGACACUACUUUUCAUUGUGACAUGAUGAAGUGGAUAAACAUUUUCGACAGUUUAUUUAUUAUCAUCAUAAAUUAUGUUAUGUGUUUAUUUAUUGUAUUUA